AUGAACCUGCAGAUAGGUCAUAUGCUCAUGAUGACCACUACGAGGAUACAGAAUUGCGAAGUCGGCGAGCACGUCACAGCAUGCAUGUUCCAUCGGCUCCAAAUCUUCAAGCAAAUGGAGGAGCAUCGGGCUCGCGAGCCAAGUCUCGAUCAAGAAGUGCUCCAAGGCUUGGAGUUGAAUAUACUCAAAAACAAGUUGACCUUGUAUCCCGUAUUCGUCGCUGCAAGGAUUACUACGAAAUAC